CACCAAAGUGGCGGCCAUUUCGUUGGGAUUUGGUUUUAUCAUUUUCCAAUUUUCCACCAAGUUCAGUCUUCACUCUCUAUAAAAUGAAUCCGCUCGCCGUCGCUACGAUCGCUCUGGCUACUGUCGCCACUGCUGUGGCUCAAGACUCGCACUCACACUCGCACUCUUCGGAGUGCACGGCCGAGGCCAUUACGUCGGCGAGAAACGCAUGCGACUCGGUCGCCGACGUCUCGCAGCUGAAAUGUGACAACGAAGCGUGUCAUGAGGCUCUCCACUCGCUCGUAGAGGACGAAGUGCGCCAGUGCUACGUCGACCUGGGCCUCGGCCCGGUCACUGAUCUGGAUUACUACGUUCUGCUCGAUGAAUUCUGCCACGGGGACGGCGCCGAUCCGGCCGACUUGGCGGCGACGGGCUCCACUGCUGCUACCAACUCGACCAGCUCCGGUACUGGCGGCACAUCUGUGGGCGACCAUGACCAUGAUCACGAUCACAGCCACGACCACGAUCACAGCCACGACCACGAUCACAGUCACGACCACGAUCACAGCCACGACCACGAUGAGUCCGCCUCGGCAUCCGCUUCUAGCUCGUCAGCUUCGACUGUCGCUCAAUCGCUAAUGGCUCUGCAGCUGGUGGCCGUUGCCGCUGUGACGUUGCUCGUGUAA